CGAGAAUUGUUUUUCGUCGCCCUCUACAGUUUGGAGGUCUGAAGUGUCCACUUCUUUACUCAGGUUGAAAGUUGACUGUAGACCUUGGAAACAGCAGUUAAGAAAACAGUCUCACCUCAAGGUCCAUGAAGAUGGAUUUUGCAGACACCAGCACAGAUCUCUGGAUGAGAUGUUUAGGGAAUGACUCUUUGCUGCAGCCUCUGUGGGACAGCCUGAGGCACAACUACAGAGACUAUCUGAGAUCUCCACUCUUCCCCGUUGUUCUGACUGUGUCCUCCUACUUCUUGUUGUGCCUUCCUUUCCUUGUUUGCGACAUCAUGGGGGACAGGUGGGGAUGGGUCCAACAGUUUAAAAUCCAGCCCAGCCGUCGUCCUACUGCCUCCACGCUGCUGCACUGUGCAGGGGUCACCUUGCGCAACCAUGUGUUUCUGGUGCUGCCGGCAUCAGUGGCCCAGUGGGCAUGGCGGCCACCCGUGGACCUGCCGGACCAGGCUCCAUCCCUGCCGGAGCUGAUUGCCGGGGUGAUAGGCAACCUCCUGCUUUUUGACUUCCAGUACUUCAUCUGGCACCUGCUCCAUCACAAGAUCCGCUGGCUGUAUAUGACCUUCCACGCCAUCCAUCAUAAUUACUCAUCUCCCUUCGCUCUAGCCACUCAGUGCCUGGGCGGCUGGGAGCUGGUCACGGUCGGCUUUUGGACCACUUUGAACCCAGUGAUACUGAGAUGCCACCUCCUCACCACCUGGACAUUCAUGGUGCUGCACGUCUACGUCUCUAUAGAGGAUCACUGCGGCUAUGAUUUCCCCUGGUCCACAUCACGUCUGAUACCGUUCGGCAUCUACGGAGGGCCCAGCAAACACGAUGUGCACCACCAGAAACCCAACAGCAAUUUCGCACCACACUUCAGCCACUGGGACAAAAUAUUUGGCACACAUGCCGAUUUCAGCUUCUCUGCCGCUGUGAAAUAGAAGACCAUAACACCUGUGCUUUUAUGUGUCUGUGUUUCCAAAUUAUGUGCAUAUCAUGUGAUGAGAGUUGAAGAGAAAUCUACAGAAAUCUAAAUCUCCUUUCCUAAUGUGUAAGAUGUCUUUGUGUUUCCUUCAGCUUAUAUUGAGCAAAUUUGCUCAUCUUAUAUGGAAAUUAUGAACU